AUGUCUAGUUAUAGUGAGUUUGUUGAAGCAAUUGCGACUCUUGCAGACCAAGAGCAAUUACUUGCUCGCGUCAAACGGGCUGCCAAAGGAGCAUUGGUUUGUGGGGGAAUGAGUUUUUUGGGUGAAUUAUGUCUCGGUCCGCUUGGGAUGGCUAUGGGCGGAAUUUCUGGAGCUAUUAUCGCUGCGUAUAUGGCUCAAGGUAAAUCCCGACCAGUUGGUGAUAUAAUUCGAAACGAUCUUACAAAAAGCCAACAGGAGCAGCUUGUUUUACGUAUUCUAGGGAGUCUCGUAGGCUUCGAUGUUACCACCGUGAAGGCUUUUAAGUUCCUCUUGUCGAAAAAUUCUUCAGUACAACAGCAAGUUUCAAAAGGAUUGAAGGCUUUCAUUGCUGAAGUGAUGAACUUGGAAGUAGAUGGCUGAUUGAAUAUUUUUCUGUUGGCUUAGUAUUCUGAAGUAUCAAUCAAUAUGGUGUCAACGUUAUUCUUCUUUGCUAUUUGAAUAUGUGAAAUUGAUAAAAAACGGUUUUUCGUGAGAAAAGCUUCAGGUUAUCAUUCCUAGAAGCUGUGCGUG